UUCCAGAAAGUGCCUCAAGGAAGCUUCCUUAUGUAGGAAAACCGUGCAAGAAACAUAGUGUGCUUUCUGGCAACUUGUGGCGUAGAGCUGUCAAAAUGGCAGAAAAUAAGGACAGUAGUAUUAAAAACACAGACGUGAGACCCAAAAGCAGCCGGAGCAGAAGCGCGGACAGAAAGGAUGGUUACGUCUGGAGUGGAAAGAAGCUCUCCUGGUCAAAAAAGAGCGAGCAUUGUUCCGACGCUGAAACAGCAAGCGCUGAGGGAAGAUCAGGGACUAAUUUAAGGAGCCAAGAGAGGAAGUAUAGCUGCUCGUCUAUCGAGUUGGAUCUAGACCGCUCGUGUGGUCACAAGUUUUUAGGCCGAUCUCUCAAACAGAAGCUGCAAGAUGCCGUGGGUCAGUGCUUCCCCAUAAAGAAUUGUAGCAGUCGGCACCCCUCAGGACUGCCAUCGAAGAGAAAAAUUCAUAUCAGUGAGUUAAUGCUAGAUAAGUGUCCUUUCCCUCCGCGCUCGGAGCUAGCUUUUCGGUGGCACUUGAUCAAAAGACAUACAGCCCCUAUAAGUCCAAAAGCAGAAGACUGGAUAAUUGCUGAUUUAUCCCAGCAUGAGGAACAGGAGGAUCAGCUGCGAGACGAUGAGAUUGCCAACGGGGGAAUGGACUCUCCCUCCCAGUCCUGUGACUUUUCCGACAGCAGUUCCUCUAGGGGUGAUUCAAGGUCUGAGUUGGUUACAGGUAAGGUGGUAAGGAGCAGUAAAGAUGAGAGCGAUAAGGACUCCGAUGAUGAAGUUAUAACACUGUGCACAAGCUCUAGAAAAAGAAACAAGCCCAAAUGGGAAACGGAUGAUGAGCUGCUACGGAUGGAAACGCCUCCAAAAUACCAUACACAGAUUGAUUAUGUCCACUGCCUAGUCCCAGACCUCCUCCAGAUCAAUAAUAACCCCUGCUAUUGGGGAGUCAUGGAUAAAUAUGCAGCUGAGGCGCUGCUAGAAGGAAAGCCGGAGGGAACAUUUUUGUUACGAGAUUCUGCCCAAGAAGACUAUUUGUUUUCUGUGAGCUUCAGGCGCUACAGUCGUUCCCUUCACGCACGAAUAGAGCAGUGGAAUCACAACUUCAGCUUUGAUGCCCAUGAUCCUUGCGUUUUCCAUUCUCCUGACAUCACUGGACUCCUAGAGCACUAUAAAGAUCCAAGUUCCUGUAUGUUCUUUGAACCACUUUUAUCCACUCCGCUGAACAGGACUUUUCCUUUUUCUCUUCAACAUAUAUGUAGAACGGUUAUUUGCAACUGUACGACUUAUGAUGGUAUUGAUGCACUUCCCAUUCCUCCAUCGGUGAAGCUGUAUCUGAAGGAAUAUCAUUAUAAGUCAAAAGUUAGAGUGCUCAGGAUUGAUGUACCAGAGCAGCAAAGCUAGAAAAAUAUUUUUAUGAAAGAAUGAAAUUGUCUCUAAGCAGACAAAUAGUAUGUUCAGUCUUUCUUCCUUGUACGGUGUUUUUUUAAUAGCAAUUUGAUUUAUUUCUUUUUCCUUCCUGCAGAUUAUUUACCACCCAAACUAGCCUCUGUCUAAGGCUUUUUUAUCCAAAUGUACUUUGAUUGUUCCCAGCUCUCUUUUUUAGAAAUUAUAUUCCUUGUGGGCUUUUGGUACUGUCCUAGACUAGAGUUUUAUGGAAUUUCAGGUAGGCUUUCUGGUAUUUCUAUAGGUGGGUAGUCUUUAGAUCUAAAAUACCCCUAAAAAUCAGUUUUGAACUUGACUUGUCUUUUUUAUUGUAAUUUACAUAUGUUGCUGACAUGUUUGAAAUGAUGCACUGUUAACUGAAGAUUGACUCAUCUGUAUUUUCUGCAUUUCUUUUAAAAUGAGUGCUCUACCCUCUGUGUGUGUGUUUGUCUGUCCGUCCAUAUCUAAUAUAGUAAAUUCAUCAGUCUAUUUCUAACAUGACUAUUCCAAGCAAAAUGAAGUUUGAAAGAGGAUAUGAUCUUUCUAUAAAUAUGUCAGGGGACUAAACACCAGGGAGAGGAGAAAGAAUUCAAGUUAAGGACAACACUCAGUACAGGAACAAACAUGUAUGAACUGGUUGUGAAAAGAUUUUGCUUGGAAAAGAGAAAGCUCGUCACCAUCAGAGCAGUGGGGUUCUGGAACAGCUUUUCAUUUUGUAUAAUAGCAGUAAAAAGCAAACUACUCAUGAAUUGGGAUUUGAUUGGUGUCUGGAAGGAAUAAUGAUACAGUUACUUAUGAUAGAUGGGGCUUGGACUUGGGAACUCUGUUUCUGUGUUACUAUUUCAUUAGAAAUACCCAGUUUUCACUAAAAUUGCUGCUGCUUCUUAAAUGCUAAAGCACAGAGGGGGAGAAGGAAGAUAUUUCUUUAAAAAUAUGCAUAUUAAACUAUCUGAUCUUGCAUGGUUGAUCCUAAGGUGAUGAUCAAUAACUUUUCUACUGUGUUAGUAGGAGAGUUGAUUUUUUAAUAAGUAUAGUUAAAAAGAAAAAAGUCUGAAGAUUUUUCUUGCAACGUGAAGCAUUUGGUCAAAUGGCUUCCUGCCAAAUUCUCUGUACAAGAAAACCAUGCAUGGAUAAUGCUCCUAAAAGCAUUACUUACAUUACAUGGAUAGGCAGAUCUGCUGCUGAAUUAUUGGUGAAAUCCCACUGAGACUCAGUGGAUCUGUGUUCAGGCAAGAAACUCUAUUGCUUUCCAGGCUGGCCUCGGGGCACAGCUCCAGGAGGUGCAGGAGUGACCUGCAGUUCUGUCGUCUGCAUCUGUAUGUGCUUUAUUUCUAUUUGAAUCUUUUUAAUUUCACCUUGUACAGAAUCUGACGGAUUUGUAGGCAUCAAAUGUGUCCUUCAGGCUGGGUACUCUGGAGUUAGCAAGGAAGAUUUGCCAUGCAGCUCCACCAGGGACCCACCACCCUGUCUUGCCCCCUCCCUGAGCAGAGAAAACCUUUUCCACUGAACUGCUGUCACUGUGAUGAUGUAAACAGAUUUCUAGGGACAUCUGCUUAGAGACCAGCCUGUUUGUUUUCACUGUGUUUUAAAUAGGUUUUGAACCAAAGUCUCCAGGGAGAAAAUGCUAACACAUCAAUCUAUGGCAUCACACGUGGAUGAAUAUGCUACAGGACAAACUCUCAGCUGCUAUAAAUCAGCAGGGCUUUAUUGAUACGCUUAUAACAGCUUAUACCAGCUGAGAUUCUCCCUCCUCCAUAUGCAAAUGUAAUAGCAUGACUGAUGUCAGAAAAAUUACCCUUUUUUUCUGUCAUCUUUUCCUUGUGCUGCUUCCAUUCAACUGACAUUGCCUUUUGCAUAAACUCUAUUUUAUCAAGGACAGCUUCAUACUAGUAAAUCCCUUUUCCCCUCUAUCACUACCGUUUUCCAAAUACAAAGUGAGUGAGCAGCGGGGAUCAUCUUGGCUUUGUUCUUUUACACAGCACCUGUCGUGGUGGAACGGUGGGCUGUGGUUUGCCAUGGCUGCAGGAUGAAGUCAAAAUCUUGGCUUCAUAGAGUGACAUCAGAGAUAUUUGCAGUCUGCUUCAUUAAAAUGCUCUUUCAGAAACUCUUAAUUAGGGCAAAAUGCUCAUCAUUUUAGAUAGAGAUUAGCAUUAUCAUUAUUAUUUCAAGAACGCAAAAAAUAGAUUUUGACCAGAAGUCAUACUUGCUUUGAAAGUUAGCAAAGGUCACUACCUUUUCCAAAAUCAGCAGAUUUUGUCCCUUCAAAAUGAAAGGCCACAAAACAACCUUUUUUUGGGGUAUAAUUCCCCAAUACUCUGUGUUUUCAGUGUCAUUCUGUAUGCAGCCUACAUUGUUUUGACAUUAGUUGAUGCAUUACUUAUCCAAAAACCCCUUGAGCACUCCAAAUUUAGGAGACCUAUACAAUACAGCAUUUAGGGGAAGAAGGUGCGGUGCAUAAAAACAGUGCCUUUGGACUGUGGGCCAGUGAACUGCAUUUAUUUAGAGGAAAUCAGAUGUAGAAAAUACUGACAAAUGAGCUUUUGUGGAAGUUCACCCCAUCCUUUCCUGUUUUAUUUGUCCAGAUCAUACCUGUGUGACAUUUGUACCUAAUGACAUUGAGUUGUGUAUACAUGUGCAAUCUGAGAAAGAUCUAUUUCAUGAAGUAUGCACUUUUUUAUGAAACAGGAGAACUCAAAAGAUCUGUUUUGCUUAAACCCAUGUACCCUUUUAUCUUUUUUAACACCUUGAUCUGAAGUGUGAUCCAAAGGUAGCCAAGUCUUGAAGUUCAGUGUUAAAGCCCUCCAAAAACAUAAGAAACAGAGUAGAACUUCCAUUUUCUAAGUCCAAGCUCUCGCAAGAUGGAGAUCCCAAGUUCUUCAGGAUGAAGAUUAAACUUGGAAGGAGGAAAGUAUGGAGGUGUGUGGAAAAACACGCUCAAGGCUACACAGCAGGUCAGUAGUUGAGUGAGGACACAAUCCAGAGGUGACCCUGGCCACAGCCCCCCCCAUUUAGGGGCACCCAUCUAGCAUUGCGUCAGGAAUCGUGUGUGUGUGACGUGGUUUGUGUUGGUUUGUAGGUGGUUCCAUAGGAAGACAGUAGAAAUACAGCAUACUGAAUCAGUGUGAACAGCUGCUGGUAAGAAAAAAAGAUCUGAUUUUGAUAUAUUAUUUUGAUAUGGAGGGGUGAGGAAAGGUCAGGUUCUUGAUGCACCCUGGACAAACAACAUAUGCAAGCUAUUUUUACAGGAUGGCUUAAAAAAAUUAAAUACUCUUUUCAUUAAUUGUGUUCUCUGGAGUUUGCUUUUGUCUGAAGUGACUUUUUGCAACUCUAUAGUCAUGCCAGGUGUUGGCCCAGUGCUGUCAAUACAGAGCAACUUCAGCUCCAUCAGAAUCAUUGAUGGAUUUGGGGUAGUUUGUGUGUCCGAUAGUUGGGAGUACACAUUUCUUCUCCAUUUUCCUGUUCUCAGCACUUGUCUUGAUGAAAUCCAGGGCACAAUUGGAGCAGGAUGUGUGUAUCUAUAGUAGCAUAUCCAGCUUGAAAAAUAAAUAAAUGCGUGAUCAUAAUUGAAAUGCUUUCCUUUCAAUGAGACUGGUGUGUUUCCAAUAUAAAGAAGAAAUCCUUGUAUGAUGCAGACAUGCAUGGCUUUACUGUAAAAUUGACAUGCUCUUAAAUAAUUAAGGAGGGGGAUACUUUAAUUUGGAAAAAGGAUGCUGAAGGAAGGAGGUUAAAGGAAGCUUUUAGUCAGCUCUAAGGUUAGAUUUAUUGAUCUAGUGAUCAAUUCCUUUCUCUUUCCUGAAUUUAAAGCUAAUGGGAGACUGUGGUCAGAGAUGAGUGGCUUUUAGUUAAGGUUUUUGACUCUUAUAAAUAAUACAACAAAUGUCCUAGUAAGUAAUAAGAAAUAAGAUACUCCCUCAUUCUUUUUAAAUAGAACAAAUGUGGCAAA